AUGGACAUCUCUUGGGUCCGGGAUUUCUUACAUUGGAUGUCGGAAGCAGUGGCUCAAUACAACUACAGCAACCUACUCACCACCCCUUCAUAUUUCCGUCAAUUAUUUUUCUCAGCUUACCAGAAAAUAGCUUCAGCAGUCUUCCUUCUUUCAACCGAAGAAGCCCCUGACAACUUCUCCUACGAGACUACGCCAAAAAGAGAGUUCACUGUUUAUAUCGUAACCUGGAAUGUGGCAUCUAAACCUCCACCCCCUGCCGAUCGGAUGCUCAACAUGAUGAAAUUUUCCGAGGAUUGGAAUAAGGCAAAUGACAAAGAUCCUGAUUUAUAUAUCAUUGGCUUGCAAGAAGUUGGGACGGCGACUUUGCCAAAAAUCGGCACCGGUCCUGUUGGUAACUCCUUAUGGCAUCUGCGGCUGAAGGAAAUUCUAACCCCGCGCGAGUAUAUUUUAGUAAGAUGCAAGUCAAUGCAGGCCAUAAGGAUAUUUUGUUUUGCAAAACGGAAGCAUCUGUUGCAUUUGAGGAAAAUUGAAGCGGAGCAAACACGGACUGGAUUGGGUGGGCUACUGGGUAACAAAGGAGCUGUCAGCAUUCGACUUAACUUGUCAGGAUGUGCAGUUUGUUUUGUGAACAGCCACCUUGCCUCUGAUGAAAAUUCGCCUGAGGAACGAUUAGCGGAUUACAAGCAAAUUAUUGAAAAUCAUCGAUAUAAGCUGCCACUAUAUCCGGAAAUAUUCAGUCAUGACAUAAUAUUUUGGUUUGGCGAUCUAAAUUUCCGGUUAACACGAGAUAACAAAUUAAGUCCCGAAGAAAUCCUGCAACUGAUCGAAGCCAACGAGCGCAACAAACUUCUGCGUUUGGAUGAGCUCACACAAUUUAUAAAAGAUGGAGAGAUUUUUCAAGGGUUUGUGGAACAAUUACCCAAUUUUCCGCCGACUUAUAAAUUCGAUUAUGCAAGUCCUUUUUACAAUUUGAAGAGAAAGCCUGCUUGGACUGAUCGCAUAUUAUACAGAGUCAAAUCAAAUCCUUACAAGAAUGUACAGUUUCAAGUAACACAAGGAUUAUAUACAAGCUUUCCGGAAUGUGACAUCAGCGAUCAUAGGCCAGUAACAAGUGAGUUUAAUAUAAAGUUUGUUGAUGCUACAAAAGUGAAAAACGUCUCCUUAAAGCGCAGACCUAAAAUGGAAAGGACCAGUGCAACUGCGGAAGCAUCAUUUCCACGCCAGAUAUUCGUGGAUCAGAGUCAAAAUAUCGUCGAAUUCGAUCACAUUCCACACUGGCUCUUAGAUGACGACAACGUUAUUGACUACACUCUACCUCCGUCCUUUUGUGAACAUCCUGGGAACGAUUGGAUUGGGAUCUUUCGAAGCGAUUUUGACGACCUCUCCAAAUACAUUGCUUAUCAAUAUGUGCCACCGCCGAAUAUUGCCAAUCAUGCUAUUACGGAAGCAAUGCCCACGACGAGUGAUGGUUGUAAUACAAGGAGGAGACGAAGGAUAACGCUGAAUUUCUCAGAGAACUCCGUUAAUAUUGUAGCGAAUCGAAGGUAUGUCCUGUUGUAUAUAGAACGCGAGGAAGGAAGCGCGAUGGGGGUAGCCGGAAUAAGCAAUAGUUUUGCAGCGAGGUAUGGAACGGAAGUGGAUGUUGGCCAAUCUGAGGUGGAAAUUAAGAAAGAAGAUUAACUAAAGGUAUCCGGGGAAAAAAAUUGUCGUUCAUGUUUAUUCCAAAAAUUAGCAAAAUAG